GCAUCGCGUCACCGUGCGUAAUGCAGCCCACCCCCAGCGACGCCUAUGCUGCCAUUCCUGCUGGGUGGUGGGAGGUCUAUCCUUGCUGUAUCCGGGAGCAGCCUGUAUAAAGCUCAGAGCAGGCAUCAGGCUCCCACAGUCACCCACCAUCAGCACUUCACCACAGUGCUCCAGGAUCCCUCUAACUGAUAACAUCCCCUGUGGCACUGUACAGAAUAAAUAGCAUUACAGAUUUACAAUUACAGCUGGAUUGCACUCCGUCUAUUGCUUUUGCAUCAGAUCUGUUGCGACCAGUCGCCAGGGUCGCACCAAGGCUAGAACUCUUCCCCUGGCACCUUGGCUGGCAGGUGGGGGGCAGGGACUGUGCUCAGCUGGCUGAGAUAUUGCGUUGUGGAUCUUUACCCAUGCGUUUGCCAAAUAUGUCCAGUAAUUUCUUGUUAGCCCCUAUCCCAGAGAAUGCGGAUUUUUUCUCCAUCAGGGACAUAAAACUGGCUGUUUUUGGAGCAAGUGGAGUUGGGAAGACUGGUAAGUGUUGUCUUGGCAUGUGUGAAAAUUGGCAGAAUUAGCAAUCAUUUGACUUUUACAUUACAGUGAUCACAUGUCACUCAGUUUGUUAUACAGUUAUCAAAUUAAUACUUUGAAAUUCAGUUUGUAACAUGAUGAUACCUUGUGAUGACACGUUCAAUGCAGCAAUAACUUGGGGGCUUUCUAAAUCAUAUAAAUCCCCCAGAUGAUAGCUAUGCUGUAAUUUGAAUUGAUUUAGAGAUUUUUUCCAAUUUAGUUAUUUUCUGCUUAAAUUUAGCAAAGUGUGAUUUUUAUCUCAGUAUUAUUCACUUUUUAAUGUAUAAUACAUCUGGGAUUUUUGUUAUUUAUCCAUGAUGGGACAUUUCGUAAUUGUCUCAUUUAUUCUUAAAUCCCCCCCUUUUAUAAUAUUGUAAAGCGCUGUGGAAUAAGUUAGUGCUACAUAAAUACUAUUAAUAAUAAUACUACUAAUAAUUAAUGGUGCAUUGCUUGGACUGGCUAUUACAAUUGACCUGUAUGCCUUUCACAGAUUAAAAGAUCAUACAAUCCUACAAGCAGUUUGAGUGCCAGAGGGUCAAAAAGUGCAUUGUUCUAUCUUUGGCACACAACAUGUUAAUAUUUAUUUCCACACAUGUGGCACUGAAAGGGUUAAACCUUCACAUGUACUUUUGAUCUAAAUACAUAUUAAUUCACAUAUCAUCACUGGUACAUUUCACUGGUAGUUUACACAUAAGCAUUGCACCAAGUAUUUGCCAAAAUCCUGCCCACCUGGGUGAAGCAGACCUUCAUUCUGCUACCAUUGGAGUGUAUUCACUAAGCUUUGAAUUGUGGUGGACUGAUAACCGACUUACCCCCACAUUCUGCAGUCACAGAUGGGCAGCCAUCGUAUAAUUAGUAGCAGAUCUAUACUGGAGCUUAGUAACCAAACCUUAGAAUGAAAUGUUACAGUAGAGUCAUUUAAGAAGUUUAAAUUCUGGGAUCUUGAUAUUGUUUAUUCACUAUGCAAGGAGAUUGAUUCAUGAAACUAUUUCUAUAGGAGGAAACUAUUAGAAACAUACUUAGUAUGGCAAUUAAAUGUCAUGUACACUGAAUGAUGUAGAAACUGUUAUUCCUGCAUGUUAUCCCCAUAUAGAGUCAAUGACCUCCUGUAGAAAUUUUAUUCAGAAAUUAGGCUUAUGCAGUCAGAAAUGAGAGUAUCUGAUAGGCUAGGGAUGUGCGCUGAUACUGUCAUCAUAAGCCGCUAUCCUUAUCAACUAAUACAGCUAGACUGUGCAAAAAUACUUCAAAUAAUCGCAUCACUCACACUGCAUUUUUUUAAAUGUAUCCCAUAUCAAAACAGCAAUAGUCAACGUAAACUUGUAUUGUUGCUUUAACCAACCCUUCAUGUAGAGUGACCAAGGACGAGGAUGGCACACGUAAAAUAAACCAUCAAAGUGACUCAGCCCUGAGCAGAUUCACAUAACCAGCAAAGUACAAGAUGGGAAAGGGAAGGGGUUAGCAACCUUAGGCACUCCGUAUGUUGUGGACUACAUCUCCCUUGAUGCUUUGCCAGCAUUAUGGCUGUGAGAGGAUUAUGGGACAUGUAGUCCAUAACGAAGGUUGCCUACCCUUGUUUAGGGCUUCCUAUUUUCUUGGUGUCGCGGCUGAGACUAUAUCUUAGCAGUAAUGACUAGUUAUGUCAUGCCAGCUGUUGUGGACUAUAUAUUAUCUAUCUGAGUAUUAUGGGAAUUAAGUCAACCAGUGGUGUAAUAAUGUGUUGAAGUGCUUUACCCAUCAGCUAUGUUGUGUUUAACUUGCUUUUUGUCUGAUAGAAAUAUACAAUAAUUUGCUGUAUAAUUAACAUUCAUUUUGUAUUUUCUCUCUAUAGCAAUGAUUGUCCGAUUUCUUACCAAACGAUUCAUUGGGGACUAUGAAACCAAUACUGGUAGGUGAACUGCUUCCUUCAUUAAGCUGACAUGCUAGCAUCCAGGCUAACCUUUCAAAUUGUACAAAAAAUAAAUAUUUUCUAAUUUAUUAAACAGGAAACCUGUACUCCAGGCUGAUGUGUCUAGAAGGAGAGCAGACAUAUUUGCAGAUUCAAGACACACCAGGCCAUGUAAAGGUAGGUGCUUCAGACAACAAUUUAUCUUUUACUAUUGCUAUACAAUACAAGAAAUCUGCCAUUGCAAUUGGUAUUUUGCUUUUACCCUUAUGGGGAGACCGAGAUUAGUUAUAAUAAAUGUAAGGUUUGAACUCUGACACACCGAUUUAUUAUUGAAUUAUUGGGAAAGCAAAAUUUUACAUUUAACGCCAAAAUAGCUGAAAAUAUAGCUGACUUAGAAAAUGUUUCCAAUUCGGCUGUUUAGGCUUCAAAUUUGAAACACUAAUGCACUUCAUUUUACUAACAAUUUAUUGCAUAAUUCUUGAAGCCAUACAUGGAACGUCAGGGUCUCUGUACCUUAACCUUAUGGGGAAUGGUCAAUCCAGAAUUCCUUGAAGUUGUUACCUUUUCACAAUUUAAGUCCAGGCAUUGCAGGGUUAAGUAUCAAAAAUGCUCUAAGACCAAUCACCUUGAUACCCAGUGACAAUUAAAAUAAAAUGAGCAAUUACCCUUCUAAAUUCAGAAAACCAUAGAGAACAUAAGAUGCCUCCAAAUCUUCAAUACUCAAUAUAAAAACAUACCACUCUACAGAAAAAAAAUACAAUCAACGACAAAUAGAAUAACACUGCUAAAAAUUGUUGGUUGUCUCUGUAUCUGAUUGAACUCACACAAUGUAUAGAAAGUACCAUCAAAGGGUAAAAUCAAAACUCUCAUCUCUUCUUGCAUAUUUCUUGAUAAUUUAUAAAGGAAAAACACAAAACCUAGAGUGUACCUUUUAAAACCAUAAUCAAUUUAAUACAAAUGCAUUUAGAAGGUAUAAAGUGUAAAAUCUGCUGUCACUAUAAGUUAGUAUAAAAUCCAAUUCCCUAAGUGUGUAGAAGAUGGGCAGGUAACCAGUAAUCAGGUGGAGAUCCAAUAGCCCUACGCGUUUCAACCGUUCGGCAUAGUCAUCUUCAGGGGAAACUGAUUAAACAAGUACACAGCAAAAUAAUAUUCCACCCACUCAAAAAUUGCGCUUCAAUCUCGUAACUCACCUAUCAACCGUCUUUCAAGCUGAACAAUUAGUCUUCUUUAUUCUUGACCAAGUAGGCCUCUUGGGUGUAUAUCUCUAUGGGGGGCUGUUUGGCAGAGCAGGGUAUGAAUUUAAAAGUGGUGAGGUCCUGCCAAAUUCAACUAAAUCUUUCAAAAUUCCAAGUCCCGAAGUUGAACUCAUUAUAGUUUCCAAAAAUAGUUCAGUGUCUCACUGCACCCCAUCUGAUAGUGAUUUGCUGCCAAUACAAACGUGCAAUUUGAUCUCCAGUGGUCUUAGUCUUCUGCAAAAAGUAUUUGCUUUUUUUUUAACGCCAAAGUAAACUGAUUUCUUUUUUCCCUUGAUGUAUUUUUAUAAUAGUAUGUCAAGAUGAUUGUAAAACCUUUAUGAUUGGUCUCUUUGUAGAUGGAAAUUGAUUCGGCCCCAGUUCCAGAGAUUCUAAGGUGUUUGCAGUGGGCUGAAGGGAUUCUCCUGGUCUACUCAAUCACGGACUCUAAGAGCUAUGAAUACGUUCGCCAUCUUUACCAGCACAUCCGAAAAGUGUAUUCGGACUCGAAGAUUCCUGUAAUUCUAGUGGCUAAUAAAGGAGACCUUCUUCACGUAAGGCAGGUCUCGUCAGACUCAGGAAUACAACUGGCAAAUGAACUGGGAUGUUUUUUUGUAGAAAUCUCAACCAGUGAAAACUGCCAGGGUGUUUGUGAUGUGUUUCAGUAUCUUUGUAAAGAGAUAAAUAAAGUACAAACUUCAAGCUCUGGAGAAAGAAGAAGAGUUUCCAUCAUACCUCGACCCAGGUCACCAAACAUGCAAGAUUUAAAGAGACGAUUUAAACAAGCUUUAACACCAAAAGUUAAAGCUUCCUCUACGGUGGCAUAGGACUUCUGACAUAACUAAUAGGAUUUUAUAUUUUUGAUACCUAAUUUAGAGUAAUUUAUUUUUUUUAUGGACAGUAACAAUUGUUUUUGUAUAAUUGUAUAUAUAUAUUUUUUGUAUUGAACAACAGAAUUGAUUUAAACACUAUGCUUUGUAUUAGGGGUGAGCUAGCACACAAAUAGUUCCCGUGUGGUCAAUUUCAACUCAGCAGGGCAAAAUUUGCACUCGAAAAUGGCCUUGUUUACCUGUCAGGGAGUUGUGGCCUUGCUACUCACUAAAGUAUUUUGGAACUAAAAGUGUUAACAGACUGACGCAUAGAGCUUGUGUUCUAGACUGUCUGACACAUUUGGCUGGCAUUACGGAAUGUUAAUAUGUAGACUGAGUUCAGUAGCCAAAACUUAUACAUUUUAAUUCUACAUUCCUGGGAUUUAAAGUUUGUUAUCCAGGGAUUUUAUUUCUCUCUUUUUUUCAUGCAUCAACAUAAUCCAGAUGUCAGCGAGCAGGCACCCAUCCAAUGCUGUAACCAAAGGAUUUCCUGUAUCCAGACAAAAGGCAGACACAAAGACAUAUUCUCUUAUUCUCCACCGGCUUCUAGAAGUAGCAGUGUUAUAUAAAGUACCAGAUAUUUUUACACCAAAAUCAGAAACAGAAUUUUAAUCAAUGAAAACUUGGUUGGUGCUUAAAGGAAAAGGUACUUAAGUUUAGUGAUCGCUGGACAGACAGACGAUAUACAGACAGACAGACAGAUAAAAUACUGUUUGUUUAGCUUUCAUGCUAACCUUAAAAAUAAUAAGAUCAUGGAAUGCUGUAUUAAGUGAAAAGAAAACAUUACUGGCAUUGAGAAUAUAAUGAAAUUGUGUUCUUAUAAAGCAAAAAUCAGUCAAUAAAAAGAAUGUGACCUUGGAAAGGUCUGAUGGAUUUCAUCAUGCUAAAUUCUUCUGCAUUGUUACAAGGAACCUCUUUAUUAGACUGAUAAUGACCAGCCAUAUAGUAGCAUCCUCAGACAUUUGUUCUUCUGCGUAUAAAUGUCUUCGGUGGAGUAGAUUCAAGUCUUCAAUAGGACACUUACAGGGCAGUUUCAAAUCACUAUGUGGAUAAUGGGAGUUGUAAUUUAUAGAUGUUGGGGAACUAAGGCUUCUCCCAAUGUAAUUUACCAACAAUUAUGUUUGUCCACUGAUAAACCACUGAACAUAUUUGGAAAUAAUGUAUUUUAGAUAAUUUGAUGGAUAUUGCAACAUCUGGCUCCAUACCACACUAUCUAUGUUGUCAUGAUGAUGGGACAGGAUAUGCGUGUUUAUAAGUACAUAAUCCUACCCACCCACAUAUACAGUAAACACUGUCCAGAUGCCCCAAAAAUGUGUCAGAACAUUGAAAUAUACAUAUAUCGCAAACAUUGUUAAUGUAAUUAUUUAUUUAUUUUUGUCAAUAAACAUCUCCAGUUGGUUAAUACUUAC